CAUCCCUAGGACAUUAGCCAUUGUCGGAAAAUUUUUUCUUCGUUUACGGCUUGUUCUACAGUUGUGAAAUAUAAAUCUAAAAAAUAAGUGCAAUCUCAUUGCGCAAACGUUUCAAACCAAAAACUUAAAGUGUGCUAUUUUCCAUACAAUAAUACAAAAGCAAAAUGCGUGGUCGCGGCAACUACAUUCCACGAGGAGGCGGCACAAUGCGUGGCGGCGGCGGCGGCUACUACAACAACCGCAAUUCUAGCAAUUACGUGAACACUCGUACCCAAGGCAAUUACCGGCCAAACAACGGACGGUAUGAGAACAACUAUCACAACAAUCGAUACAGUGGUGGCAACAAUGCUGGUUCCAACAACGACCACUAUGACAAUCGCAACCGCGACAAGUUCAACAACCAUCAUAAUUCUAGCACCGGCGGACGCUAUGACUCCAGCUCCAGUCACAAGCGCAGCUAUGAUUCGUCACGGGAUCGCAGCGAUGACCGCAAACGGCCACGUCAAGACGAUUACCGUCGCACGUCCUCGUCAAAUGAUCACAAUGAUCGUCCAUCGUCGUCAUCGCAGAACAUGGGCUCAUCGUCGUCCAGUUAUCAUCAACGGAACAGCACCGGCGGUGGUGGCGGCAGUUCAAGCUCGUAUCGGCCACGCGAUGAUUCGGGCAGUCAGCGACAUCAGCGCGAGUCGUCAAUGGGCCCGCCAAAGCGCCCGCUGUUGCGCAGCGUUGCCGGCACCAAUUAUAUAUCACGUCCGCGGGGCUCAAUGUCCAUACGCGGCGGGAUGAUGCGCAACAACAUGCGUGGCGUUGGCAACAUGCGGAUUGUGCGGCCGCGCAUCAACGAAUCCAAUGAUCUGCGCACCAUGCGCCGCCAACUGCUUUAUGCUCAGCAGAAAGAUCGCGCACGUUUGCUCAAGAUCCAACAGCUGAAAAGCUCGUUGCGACGCCAACGCCAGGGAGGGAACAGCAGCGAUAAUUCUAGUGACGAUAAUGAUGACUCUGAUAACGCUGACAAGGAGGACGAUUCUGAUAAAAAGAAGAAGAAAAGCAAUGACGAUGAUGGCGAAGACGAUGGCAACGACGAUAAAGAUGGCGCCGAUGGGGAGGAGAAGAAGAGCGAAACGACUAAAAAGUCGCCAAGCAAGAAGCGUAGCACCAAAACGGCAACCGAAGAUGCCGAGGGCAAGUCCAACGAUGAUAAGGAUAAGGAUGAGGACGAUGAGCAGGAGCACGGCGAUGGCCAUGAAUCGGAAAAAAAGAAUGCCAAAUCUGUUGGCUCCGAUGAUGAUGAUGAUGAGGAGGCCAAGGGCAAGGCCGAUGAGUCCGGUGAUGCCGAUAAGCCCAAAGAGAAGGGCAAAUCAUCGGGCACAGCCGAAAAGUCGACAGGUAAGAAAAAAGACAAGGACGGCGAUGACAAAGAGUCCAAAUCGAAGAAAUCGUCCAGCAAGAAGGAGCGCUCCUCGCGCAAGGACAAAGAAGAAAGUGAUGAUGAACGCAAGGAACGACGCACAACCUCCACCUCCCGCCAUCGCGACGAUGACCAUAACAAUCUGCGCAAGCGUACUUUCAUUAAGCUCACCUGUGUUCACUGCCACAUCAAGUGCGUUACCUUUAAGGAAUACCACUAUCAUUUGAACUCGCGUACUCACAAGAACUCGAUGCGUACUGUCGCCUUACGUCAGCGGGCGGAUUUGCAGCGCAUGCGCGCCCGUCAACGCACCACACAGCGCGAGAUUGAGGAGAAUAGCAAGGAGGAGUAUGAGUCCCGAUAUUGCCGGCUUUGCCGCUUAGCCUAUCGACAGCCGAAGAACCUGCAUCAGGCAUCGGAGCAUCAUAAGACAAUCAAGAAGUUCUUGAUGCCGUACUGUGGCUCUUGUCAUUUGGCCUUCAAGAAUGCUAUGCUUUAUGAGAACCAUCGCUGCUCGCUGGAGCACAUAAGAAAUAAGGCGCGUAACGACGAGUCCGGAUCGGAGGACAGCGUUGAUGAGCGUGAAAUUGAUUUGAACAAAUUCCUUACCGUCGAUUCGGUGGGCGAGAUCGAUGACGAUGUCAUGGAUGCUGAUGUUGAUGCAAUGUUACUUGAGGCCGAAACAGCACAGAAGAGCACCGACGAGGAGACGCGCAAGCGCGGCCUUAUCGGCCUGGACUUUAUCAAGGCUGUGGAAGCAUUCUAUUGCGAAUUGUGCAAUCAUUACUCGACCAAGCUGGGCGACGAUACCUUAGAUGCGUAUACAAAGAAGCAUUGCCUGCAGCACUUGCAUAUAAAGAACUAUUUGCGCCACAAAGAUGAGGCCGAAAAGGCCAAGUCCAAAUCUGAUGCGGGCGAUGACGAUGACGACCAUGAGGUCGAUGAGGAGGGUAACAAGAUACCCAAAGAUACUGACGAAGCUGAUGCCGAAGAGGACAUUGAGAUGGACGGCAAGGAUGAUGAAGAUGAGGAAUAUGAAGGCGAGGAUGCUGAUGAAUCGCACGAUGAAAAACUGUGGGAAGAGGUUGACAAGGAUUUGGGUGAUCUGUUGGCCGAAGUUGAGCCAUUGGGCCACGAAGAAGAGGAGGAGGAAGAUGAAUCUGUGCUGAAUAUUGACAUCGAAAGUGAGAAGAAUAAGCUAAAGGAUGUCAAAGAUGAACCAAAUGGAAAUGACGAGGAGGCGCCAAAAGAAACCAAGCCGACAGCUACAAAGGCUGCAGAUAAAAAAUCAACUACAGCAAUAACAACAACACCACCACCACCAACAACAACAACAACAACAACAACACCUAAAGCAACGCCUGCUGCAAAAAAAGAGGCGGCGGCGCCGAAAAAAGCAACGCCCAAAGCGGCCGUGACCAAGGCCAAUCGACCCGGCCCAGCCUCAACGAAACGUCAGGUCUUGGUCAGUUUGAAGCGCACUUCAGCGGCGACCAUCAAGGCGGCCACCAAGUCCGCGGCCGACUCGAAAUGAGCCCGAUCUGUCCACAAACCAACCAUACACAUACACAUAACUGCAAUGACCAAAACCCAGUGAUUUGGCUGCAGCAAAACACCAAUAACAAAAACAAAAA